AUGUCAGAUUUAGACAUAACUAUUAAUGUAGCACAUUUUUACCUGUUUUUUGAAGCUGAAAAACAUGCUGGGGUUUCCUGUGUUACAGCCUCAGUGGAUGACAUACAAUUUGAGGAGACAGCUAGAAUUGGACAAGUUAUAACCAUCAAAGCAAAAGUUACCAGAGCAUUCAGCACAAGCAUGGAGAUCAGCAUCAAGGUCAUAGUACAGGACAUGUUUACUGGUAUUGAGAAACUUGUUAGUGUGGCUUUCUCUACAUUUGUAGCCAAACCAGUUGGAGAAGAAAAGAUUCAUUUAAAACCAGUCACACUUCUAACUGAGCAAGAUCAUGUGGAACAUAAUCUGGCUUCUGAGAGAAGGAAAAUUCGAUUACAUCAUGAGGAUACCUUUAAAAACUUGAUGAAGGAAAAUAACAAGUUUGACGGUAUGCUUCAGCACCGAGGUCACCUGUACUCCUUGCAUAGUUUUGCAACAACAGAGAGACAGCCCAGGGCCCUCGUUAUUUUUCUCGCUUGGAGAGUGGUAGCGAUGGUGGUGGGCGCCCCAGCGGUGGCCGCAGUGGCCUCGGUGGGCAGAGGAGGCCUGGCUCGCUCGGGUUCUCCGCCCACUGCCCUGUGUGUUGCCCUCUGCAGUGUGGAAGUGGGAGUGCGCGUGGAAGCCUUUGACUGUCAGGAGUGGUCUAAGGGCCAAGGCCGUCACAUCAACAGUGCUUUUCUCGUUUAUAAUGCUGUCGAUGAUAAGGAAGACCUGGUCACAUUUCCCAGAAUCAAACCCAUGUCAAAGGACGAUUUUAGACGGUAUCAUGGAGCUAUUGCCCGCAAGAGAAUUCGCCUAGGCAGAAAAUACGUUAUUUCCCACAAAGAAGAGGUUCCACUUUGUGUACACUGGGACAUAAGCAACCAGGUAGCCCUGAGUAACGCCAAUGUGGAGGCUCUCAACAAUCUGGCAGCCAGAAGUGGCUGGGAGGUUACCAGUGCGGUGGAAAAGAUAAAAAUAUAUACCCUGGAAGAGCAUGACAUUUUAUCUGUUUGGGUUGAAAAGCAUGUGGAAAGACCAGCACACGUGACUUAUCAUCUCUUAUCUGACUUUACCAAGAGACCUUUGUGGGACCCCCAUUAUGUGUCCUGCGAAGUCAUAGACUGGGUGAGUGAAGCUGAUCAGAUAUAUUAUAUCACUUGUCCUGUAGUGAAUGGUGACAAACCCAAAGACUUGGUAGUACUUGUAUCACGAAGAAGGCCUCUCAAAGAUGGUGACACGUACACGGUGGCAAUGAAAUCGGUUAUUCUACCAUCAGUCCCACCUUCUGCACGGUACAUCAGAAGUGAAAUCAUCUGUGCUGGAUUUCUCAUCCGUGCUAUUGACAGCAGUUCCUGUACCGUGUCCUACUUCAACCAGAUUUCUGCUAGCAUCUCUCCUUACUUUGCUGGAAAUCUUGGUGGCUGGUCAAAAUCCAUCGAAGAGACAGCAGCCUCUUGUAUACAAUUCAUAGAGAAUGCUACUGAUGAUGGGUUGAUAAACAGAUUUUAAAUGGUAAACUUCCAAUUACCUGUAAUUUUAUUUCCCACCUUUAAUUCCAAGUACCCUUAGCCUUGACACUUGGCAAGGUUUUGGGCCACAAAAUAAUUUAAUAUUGGCCUAGGCAAAACACAGUUAGGAAGGGGUUAAAAAAUAAAAUUCAUCUCAGGUCAAAUACCAGUGAUUUGGAUCGUAUUAUUAAAAGAGCUUUAACACUGUUUUAGAUCAUCUGUGGCUCUCCUCCCUUUCAGGGGCACAGGCAGUGGAAAUGGCCCAUAUGCAAUUUUGUAUGGACUAUAAAAUGGUACAAAUAUGGUUUUAAAUGAUCAUAAGCAUUUUUAGGCUAGAGAGGUGAAACAUGUGUUCUGUUUAAAAUUUUAUAAAAUCAAAAAUGGUAAGUUGGCCAGUUGAUUAAUAGUGUGGGAUGGUUCCAUAUAUGGCAGAUAUCCGUAUGUCAGGAGCAUCUGACAAGAUGUAUUACAUGUUUUAG